AUAGAACAGAUUCGGUAGAUAAAGAGUACGUACUUUAAGGGGAAAAACUCUCCUAGCAGGUGCUCCUCAUGGCUGCUGUACUUUUCUUUCUUCUAAUUUCGGUGUUUUCUUCACUAGCAGGUGCUCAACAAAGAUCAUCUCACAACAUAAGUUUGGGCUCCUCCCUCUCCACCACCAAUACCUCAUCGUGGCUCUCACCUUCUGGCCGAUUUGCUUUUGGAUUUUACUCAUACGGCAAUGGCUUUGCUUUUGCUGUUGGAAUUUGGUUUGCUGAAAUCCACCAGAAGACUGUCGUUUGGACAGCGAACAGACAAGACCCGCCGGUGCCAGGAAAUACUACGUUACGCUUGACAACUGAUGGUGCGCUCAUCUUGCAAUCCGCCCAAGGCCAAACCAUCAAAUCCAUCACUAAUAGUAACCAAUCUGUCUCUUACGCUUCUCUGCUCGACUCUGGCAACUUUGUUCUCUGUAAUUCAAGAGGAGAGGUUAUAUGGCAAAGCUUCAACUAUCCGACGGACACUCUUUUGCCUGGUCAGCGUCUGCCGGCCGGAGCAGAUAUUAUCUCUAGCGUCUCACAAACCGAUCACUCCAAUGGAAGUUUUCGUCUCCUCAUGCAGCUGGAUGGAUACCUGGUGCAGUACCCCGUAGACGCUCCAUUCACGGAGCCUUACGCUUACUGGGCUUCGGGUCCUGAAUCUGCCCAACAGCACGUUAGUUUGAAUUUUGACAGUGAUGGCCACCUCUGCUUGCUCAGCAGCACCAGUGUCAACAUAAAAAAUGUAACAAACGGUGGAUUUGCUACCGGGAAGACGAUGGUUUACCGCAUGACGAUCGAUGCCGACGGGAUCUUACGGCUCUAUACGACUAGUUUGGAUAGAAAUAGCAGUGAUUGGUCAAUUGUAUGGAAUUCAACGAACGAUUACUGUGUUCCCAAAGGGCUGUGCGGCAUAAAUGCAUAUUGUAUUCUCGUGGAUUCAAAAGCUGAUUGCCAAUGUCUACCUGGUUACGAUUUCAUUAACAAAAAUCAACAGACUUGGGGCUGCGCGAGGAAUUUUAGUGCAGAGAGUUGUGGAACCCAGAACCAAAACAUCGAGUACAACAUGCUUCCUUUGGACCAUACCACAUGGGUAGAUGAACCGUAUACUACCUUAUGGUCCAUUACCACUGAAGAAGAUUGCAGAAACGCCUGUUUGAAGGACUGCAGCUGUGAAGCUGUAACUUUUAAUCAACAAUGCAAAAAACAGAUGCUUCCGUUGAGAUAUGGGAGAAGCAGUGUUAAUGGUGAUCAGUCGACCAUGGUUUAUGUUAAGGCAGGAAGCAGAAGCAAAAUAAAUGGCACCAGCACCAGAAACAAGGACAUUCUAAUAAUAAUCGGAGUGGUACCAUUGGCAUUCAUUGUGCUAGUGUUUUCUGUUGUUUUUAGUUAUAGGAACCGCGUUGGGGCGUAUAAGAGGAUCCUAGAACAAAGAAAUAUAGAAUUAACCGAGGAGAUCGCUUUAAGAUCGUUUACAUUCGCUGAGAUCCAAAAAAUUACACAAGGUUUCAAGGAAGAGGUGGGCAAGGGAGGUUUUGGAACAGUUUUCAAAGGAACUUUACCAGAUGGCGACAACCAGAAGAUGGUCGCUGUCAAGAGACUGCAUAACAUGUUGGACGGAGAGAAGGAGUUUCGGACUGAGAUGCGUGUGAUUGCCAAAACCCAUCAUAGAAACUUAGUUCGAUUGGUUGGUUACUGCUACGAUGGCUCUAAUAUGCUUCUGGUGUACGAGUACAUGAGCAAUGGAUCACUUGCAAAUUUACUCUUUACGGAGGAAAGACAACUACAUUGGCAUGAUAGGGUGGGAAUUGCUUUAAGCAUAGCUAGAGGCCUUCGAUAUUUGCAUGAUGAAUGCGAGAGCCAAAUCAUCCACUGCGAUAUAAAGCCUGAAAACAAACUCAUGGACGAGUUGGACUGUCCAAAGAUCGCUGAUUUUGGAGUGUCGAAGCUGUUGAAGCCAGACCAAAUUCAUACCUUUACAGGACUCAGAGGGACAACGGGAUAUCUGGCGCCGGAAUGGUUAGGGAACAAUCCCAUAACAGUUAAGGCAGAUGUCUUCAGCUUUGGGGUUGUGUUGUUAGAACUAGUAUGUCGUUGUCGCAGAGUGGAUCAUAAUGCUCCUGAGGAUGAGAUUGAUCUUAAGUAUUGGGUCAACGACUGUUAG